UUCAAGUAUAUAUAUAUUUUUGAAAUAUGUGUUGUGAGGUUGGUUUGCAGUAGGCUCUGGCUGUGCUUGGCCUCAUGUCGGGCGGCAGCGCUCGCUUAGCGAUCCGAUUCUACAGCUUUUUCCGGAGUUUGACCGAUCGGUAUUAAUGGAGGAGCUCUUUUGCCCAUAACCCAUUGGAGUUGUCUCUGCCUUUCCCUAUUUCAUCAUGUUCCCUCAAUGCUUCAGCUUCAAUUCUCUGUUCCCAUGGAUUUCCCUUCUCUUCUUCUUCUUCAUCUUCUUCCUCCUCAACAUCGCUUCAACGGCCUCGCGGAUCGAUCAUUGGAAUUCCGAUACCGAAGCCCUAUACGACCAACAUUGCAAUCAAAUCGUUCCCAAAUCGCCUUUAGACACCGACCCCUCUUCCUUCCCCUCCGCCACUUCCAUGCUUCAGUUAAGGAACAGUUACUUCACCGGAGGCGACAAGAUUAUCACUCAACCCCGACGUUUGGACUCUUUUUUCUCCAGACAUGUGUUCGUUUAUGCGCUCCGUGCCCAUAAAACCGUUUCCCCGGGCAUUGUUAAACUCCAAGCUUCCUUGGUUCUUCGAGGCUCCAUGAUGUAUCUCAAUUCUUUCGACGAUUACCAGCACCGUCGAUUGCGUUUGAUUCGGUACCGAGGGCCGAGGACUCAUCCCUGGAAGCCGAGAGUGGGAUUUGCGCUCGAUGGAUUUUGGUCAGAAACGUCUGGGAAGGUAUGCAUGGUUGGAUCAGGUACGAGUUUAAUGAACUCGGGAGUUUUACAGAAUUUGAAUGUUAUUCUCAAGCUGGAUUGUCCUACAAACGUAACCAUUUUUAAUAGCUUGAUUACUGGAACUUUGGAGAGUUUGAAUGCCAAUAGCGGUCCGCAAUUUUUCGAACCUGUUUCAAUCUUGAGUCUAGCCGAUAGUCCGGAAUACAAGUAUACAUUAAUAGAUAAAGGAAUCGAGGUUGGUUGCUUGAGUGGAAAUGAUAGAGGUCUGAAGCUAUCUCAAAAUGUAUGCUCUGUAUUUCGUACGCUUACUGAUACGUUUGAUUUGGAGUAUGAGAGUGACUGCGAUGAUAUGAACUGCAAUCCUCUUGGAAAGAAUGUCAAGUACUUGCCUGUUUCAAUGAAUUAUGAAGGAAUUGAGUGCACCCAUGAGGGAAAAAUGCUAAUAUUAUUACGCUUUGCCAAUUCAAGCUAUCGUGUUAAUAGAUAUUCUUUCAUACCUAGUGACACCUUGAUUGCUGAAGGAAUGUGGGAUCAGGAGGAAAGGCAGCUUUGUGCUGUUGCCUGCCGGAUCAUGAACUAUACACAAUCGUUAACAAAUGCUUCCAUUGGAGAUUGUUCGAUAAGGCUAAGUCUGAGGUUUCCUGCUGUUUUUUCUAUCAGAAACCGAAGUACUAUUGAGGGUCAAAUUUGGAGCUCCAAAUCUGCAAAUGAAUCAGGUUACUUUCAGAAAAUUGGGUUUCGUAGUUAUAAUGCAAUGUUGAUAGAUCCUUCACGAAUCAAAUAUGAAUAUACUGAGGUUGGAACACAAAGUUCAUGCCCUCGAAGCAAGAAUGUUUAUGGUAAGGAAAAGACAUACCCUUCUGAGAAUUCAUCAGACAUGAGAUUUGAUUUGUCCUUGAAGAACAGCGAAGAUGAGAUUGCAAGGGGUUAUGCAUCGCCAUUCUUUUAUGGUCAGCAUUUUUAUCAGAAUGAUGUAAACUCUUCUCUGUCCGGGCAAAGAGAAUCUGCAGUUCCAAUGCCCAGCUACAAUGGUCUGCUGAACAUUAGCUAUAGGAUAAGUUUCAGCGCUGAUAAUGAUUUCAAGAUAGCUGGGCAAAACUUUUCAUCAAAAAAAGUGGAGAUUUCUGCUGAAGGAUUAUACGACAAGAACACUGGCUCUUUGUGUAUGACAGGAUGCUGGCAACGAGAGCUGAUGAAGAAUCGUAUACUGGACUGUGAAAUUGUUGUCAAAGUCCAAUUUCCACCUCUAGAUGCAAGUGGGAUGGAUCGUUUUAAGGGAACCAUUGAAAGCAAAAGGCCGAAGUCAGAUCCUUUCUAUUUUGAUAAUCUGGUGUUGUCUUCAGUUUCAAUUUAUGAUAACCAAGCUGAAGAAUCCAUAUGGAGAAUGGACCUUGAGAUCACUAUGGUUCUGGUUUCCAAUACCUUUGCAUGUCUCUUCGUUGUCUUGCAACUCCUUUAUGUAAAUAAACAUCCAGAGGUGCUUCCAUUCGUUUCUGUCUUGAUGGUUGUGAUUAUGUGUUUGGGAUAUAUGAUUCCUCUUCUGCUGAACUUUGAAGCUUUGUUUGCAGCAGACCGUAAUCAGCAGAGUGUGUUUCUUGGCAGUGGGGGAUGGCUUGAAGUGAAUGAAGUAAUCGUUAGAGUCGUAACGAUGGUGGCUUUCCUUUUGCAGUUGCGUCUUCUCCAGCUCACUUGGUCGUCACGACAGGACAAUACAAGUGAGAAGGACUUGUGGGAUUCCGAGAUAAAACUUACUUAUCUGACUCUACCAUUAUAUGCACUCGGCAUUUUGAUUGCUUGGCUCGUUUAUAAGUGGAAGGAUUCGAGCUCGUACAUGCCAUUUUUGCAACCAAGGCACGCACGAUAUCGAUCUUAUCCUACUCGAAAGCUCCCAUACCAGCAAAACUCUUUCUGGGAGAUUCUCAAAUCACUUGGAGGUUUAGUCUUGGAUGGUUUUCUGAUCCCACAGAUCAUAUUCAACUUGAUGCUUGAUUCUAAAGAAAGGGCUCUAGCCUUCUCCUUCUAUAUGGGAACCACAUUUGUUCGUCUACUGCCUCAUGCUUAUGACCUUUACAGGGCUCAUCAUUCCAGCUGGUACCUUGAUUUAUCAUACAUAUAUGCAAACCACAAACUAGACUUCUAUUCCACUGCCUGGGACAUCAUCAUCCCUAGCAGUGUUCUUGUAUUAGCUCUUAUCAUAUUUUUGCAGCAGCGCUUUGGUGGUCGAUGCAUGCUGCCAAGAGUACUUCGUAAACAGGGUCCUUCAUAUGAUCAACUGCCAACCAUAAGCAACGAGGAAUUGUAAGAUAGGACAGUUUGUAUUUUGAUUAUUGCAAAGCUUCCCUUGAGUUUUGAAUCAUACACAGAAAUAGCAAGUUUUCUCAAUAUC